GAGUUCAUCACUGACAGAAGAAUGCUCAUUGAUAAAAAUGAACUUGUGACCUUAUGAAUAAACAACAAAUAAUCACUAUCGGUCUUGGCAAUCCCACUUGGCCUGAUUAUCUGUCACAACUCAUAAAUAAUGAAAAAAAUACUGUUGUCCUGUCAGGUCCUUGCAGCAGUGCUGCCAAGAAUUUCAGGAUAAUCGAUCCUGUCGCGCAUACUCCCUACCAUUUCUACUUCUUCUGUGAGUUCUACAUGCAUGGUUCUACCUUAUUUACGUGAAAAAUGUGAGCAAAUACCUGGGGCUCCUUGCAAAAAACCACAAGCGUUAAGCGUGAAAAAAUGUUUACAACAAACAAACUGGAUUUCCAAUAAUUCGCAAUGUUGUGCAGCAGAUCGUAACGAAGACAGUGAUUAUUAUUUGCUGAUUAUGUGGUGUUGUUGUUGAGAGUUAAUUUGUUGAUAUUAGCAAUGGGAACCAGUGAAUCAAAACAAGUGAAAGCCAAAGGCAAAACGAAAGCCAAACUGGGAGGCAAGAAAAAAGGUAGAAUUGAAGAUAUCUUCACAAGUGUAGUGCCAAAUGAAGAAGAGGAACAGCCCCAGCCAGAACCAAUCACUCCGCCUGCUCAAAAAACAGCUGACUCUUGCACUCACAUCGAGGAGAAUCUAAAGUUGAACAACCGCAUAAGUGAAAUAAGCGAAGGAGAUUCUAAAAAAUGCGUAACAUCACCUUCAAGCUCGGAAUCCUACUUCACCGAUGUUCAAACUCCUUCCGGAACGCAAAUUCAAGCUUCAGAGCACCAAGAAGCUGAAGCUCCGAGCUCCACCAAUGGAACCUUCCUCCAUAACCUCACCUUGAACAGCUUCAAGCUUAACGAGUACAGGGCGAGGCAUGAAGAGGUGAAGGUGCGGAAGCUGAGCAAGCUUGAGGUCUCCAAGACCAGUCAGAUAAGCUUAGACAGCAAUCCAGAAGUGUGUUUUGCCAGUGACAAUGUCGAAAUUGUCAGUCAAAUGCACGAUGACAGCGGUUUUGGGGAAUCCUCUUUGGAUGGGGAGGAAGCUGUUAGGUUGAGGCCCAAAGAAUUGGUAGAUGAGGAGAGCAAAGUGGCGCUUAUGGUGAAGAGAAUGUCAGAUGUCAACUUGAGUAAUGGCAUUCCUGAGUACAAAAGGCAAAUGUCAGCUCCAUUAGACAUGACGAUAGAUAUACAGGAUGGCUCGGUCCUGAAAAAGGUGGCUUCUCUCACACUUAGCAGAACUGAUAUCGAUUCAAAAAUUUACAAACCAAAAUUCGUCCCUGAAAAGUUGGAUUUCCAGUUGUAUGAAAAAUUUGAAGGUCACAUGUUGGUGAACUGGUAUCUCUCAGAAUUCAGUGAAGAUCAUCACUAUAACACUUAUUGGAAUACGCAGGAUUUGAAAAUCUUAGCAAUACAAUUCUGCACCCACUUACUGGCUGCAGGAGUUUUGAAACAGAUACCAGAUAAAGAGGUCCCAAUGUACAACAUAUUCAAGCCCGACUGCAUGUACUACUGGACCCAUGCCGAGACCCCCAUAUCAAUACCACAAACCCCCGGUCGUCUUAGCAUGAUAUCAUGGCCACCUACCUCACCCACAGAACCAUUCUCCCCAUGCGGCAACGAUCUCAUACCGACCAUCCAAUCAGAAAGCGAAGCUCACCUCAUACCCCGACAAGAACUCAGAAGCUCAGCCAGGGACGUGGAACUUUUAUGCUUGGAAGAAGAGGUCAAGAGGCUAACUCAGGAAGUAGAGAAAUACAAAACCCUCAUAGAAAUACAGACACUAACAAACAAAGCGAUGACGGAUUUUGGUUCGCCAGUAGAAGAAAAUAAAACGUUCGCCAGCUGUGAUAAUUCAAGUGGAGUGAAAAGUGAUAAGGGAGUGAGUGAAAGGACGAUUGUACAUACUGAAGCACAAACGAGUGAGGCAGAUGCAAAACACAACGUUUCCACUCAGACCGAAGAGCCAGUAGCACAAACAGCACAAGAAACCACUAUUCAAAAUGAGCAGAAAACUCUUUGUUCUACCAUCCCCUCAUUACCAACGCCAGAAGUUAGCAAGCCUCCCCCUGCUCCACCUCCAAUGCCAGAAAUGUCUAGUGUUCUCCCUCCUCCUGCUCCUCCGAUGCCAGAAAUGGUUGUACCUGCCUCUCCAUCAUUGCCAGGAAUGAGUGGGCCUCCCCCUCCACCACCUCCUCCCAUGCCAGGGCCUUGUGGACCUCCACCUCCUCCUCCGAUGCCAGGGAUGGAUGGACCUCCUCCUCCUCCUCCUCCGAUGCCGGGAAUGGGAGGACCUCCCCCUCCUCCGAUGCCAGGGAUGUGUGUUCCUCCACCUCCUCCAAUGCCAGGGAUGUGUGGUCCUCCUCCUCCUCCGAUGCCAGGGAUGGGAGGAUUUGCUCCUCCGCCAAUGCCAGGGAUGAGUGGGCCUCCUCCUCCUCCGAUGCCAGGGAUGGGAGGACCUCCUCCUCCUCCAAUGCCAGGAAUGGGUGGGCCUCCUCCUCCUCCGUCUCCAGCGCCGUUACCAACGCCACCUGUUGGAGGUUGGAAUCCUCAGAAAGCUGCCCUCCGAAAACCCCCAGUCACCCCUCUGGUGCCAAUGAAACCCCUGUACUGGACCAGGAUCCUGGCACCCCCCACAGCGCCAACAGUGGUGGACAGCCCCACCACGAACAUCGCCCUCUGGCGGGAAAUCGAAGAACUGCCGAUGAAAGAACUGUCGGAAUUCACGGAGCUCUUUUCCAGACAGGUGGUGGCUAGGAAGCCGACUGUCAAAAAGGUGGAGCAGAAGCUGAAGGUCGAAGCUGUCAAACUGUUGGACAACAAGAGGUCGCAGAAUGUGGGGAUUUUGGCGCAGAGUUUGCGGGCCGAUAUCCAGGAGAUAGAGAAUGCGAUUUAUAAUUUUGAUACUUCCAUUGUUAGUUUAGAGGCUCUUCAGCAAAUUUAUGAAGUGAGGGCGAAUGAAGAGGAAUUUGACCUGAUCAAAUCCCAUUUAGCUUCAAAGCCAGAGGUCCCCCUAGAUAAACCCGAACAGUUCCUGUAUGAACUCUCAGAAAUAUCCCAUUUCGCUGAGAGAAUAUCAUGCCUAAUGUUUCAAGUGGAAUUCGAUGAUUCCAUAAGUACCAUUGGCCAUACGUUAACAAAUAUCAAAAGUACCUGUGAUUUUUUAAUUAAUAGUGCCGAGCUGAAGGAAGUGAUGGCGAUAAUUUUAACCCUUGGAAAUUAUAUGAACGGGGGUAACAUGACGAGAGGCCAAGCUGACGGGUUCGGUUUGGAAAUACUGUCAAAACUCAAGGACGUCAAAUCUAAAGAUUCCAAAAUCACGUUGCUCCACUAUAUCGUCAUGUUGUAUAUGAAGAAAAUUGAUAAUCCCCUUGAACCUAACAUACUUCUACCAGUACCUGAACCAGGAGACAUCAGAAGAGCUGCCUCAGUCAAUUUUGAUGAAGUCUCACUCGAUCUGCAAAAACUACAGAAAAAAUUAGAAGCAUGCGAAAAAAAGUCUCAAAUUAUCAUCGAAGCCUCAACUCCCGAAAAUCUUCAACCGUUCAAAGACAAGAUGACAACAUUUUUGGAAAAUUCUAAAAAGCAGCUGGCUGCGGAAUUUGAAUCUCUCGAAGAAUGUCAUAAACAGUUUAUUUCAACGAUGAAAUAUUAUUUGUUUAAACCCAAAACGGGAACUUUAGAAGCCUUUCCGCCAAAUUCGUUUUUUGAAUUAUGGUUACAAUUUUGCAUAGACUUCAAGGAUAUUUUCAAGAAGGAACUCAUCAGGCUGGAGAAAGAACAUGUUAAAGAAAUUAAGAGGAGAGAAAUUGAAAGAAAAGAUGAGGGGAAGAUGAUAAAAUUGAGAGAGAAUGGACUUAAAGCCAAAAUAAUGAAAUUAAAAAUGAAACAAAAAAGAGACCAAUGAUUUCGUACUUAUUUGCGGAAAUAUUUUUUAAAAUGUUUUCAGUAUUUAGGUGUCUUAUUUAUUUGUCGAAUAUUUUAUUCUAUUUGUAUGUAUUUGUUAUAAUUUUUUAAUGAGACAUUAUAUGAUUAUUUUUAUUAACAUAA